AUGACCGGUUGGGGUGCAUACCUUUCCGGUCAGACGUCGGCGGGGGUGUGGUCAGGGGAACAGCUUUCAGAACACAUCAAUGUUCUGGAAAUGCGUGCUGUUCUGUUGGCCCUUCGGGGUCUUCGACCCUCCCUGCAGGGCAAGGCCAUUUGUCUGGCUACAGACAACUCCACUGUGGUGGCUUAUCUGCAGCGCCAGGGGGGCACCCGUUCCCCGGCUCUGUGUGCUUUAUCCACCCAGGUCCUGUUGCUGUGUCAGGAGAUCAGUCUCGAUCUCACGGUGAGGCACCUUCCAGGUCGUCUGAAUGUUCUGGCCGACACUCUGUCUCGGUCUCGGAGCCCGGUUCUCACCGAAUGGACCCUCAAGCGUUCGGUGUUCCGGUCUCUUUGCCUGGUUUGGGACAGACCCCAUGUGGAUCUGUUCGCCACGGCCCUGAACUUUCGACUCCCUACCUUUGUGUCUCCGGUUCCAGAUCCUAUGGCCAUGGCGGUGGAUGCUCUAUCCAAGGACUGGUCGGGAAUGUACGCGUAUGCGUUUCCUCCCUUCAAUCUGGUGGGCAGGGUGUUGGAGAAGAUUCUUCUACACCAUUGUACUGUGUUGCUGGUUGCACCGCUCUGGCCUCGACAACGUUGGUUUCCUCUGUUGCUUCGGCUUUCGGUGGACUUCCCGCGCAGCAUCCCGACCCUGUGCGAUCUGCUGUCUCAACCGAGGUCCCGGCAGUUCUAUUCGGGACCAGAACGGCUCCACCUUCACGGUUGGAUGCUAUCUCGGGAAGGCUCACUCAGACGGGCUUUUCUCGAGAAGUUGCAACUCGCAUCGCAGGAUCACUUAGACCUUCGUCUUCCGCCGCCUACCAAUCUCGAUGGUCCGCCUUCGGUGAUUGGUGUCUCGGACGGUCGAUUGACCCAGUCUCUGCCUCUGUUCCCGUUGUAG